GCAAUUUCAAAACCGGCUUGCAAGUGGUGUUGGAAGUCGAUUAUCUGAAUUCGAAAAUCUUAUUUCUCAUUUCUUGGCAUUUUCAAUUGAAUAGUUGCAAAAAUGAGCGGUUUAGUAAGAACAGCGCACAGAGUUAUUCAAACAUGCGUUAAAAGUUCGGGUUUAACGGGUGCAAUAGUGUCCCGUACGCAGACGCCCGUCAAACGUGACUUCACGAGAGGAAUAUGGCACAUGAGCUGUUCCACGAGAAUGGACAGCACCUCCGCCUCCACCAGCCUGCUCAACAACCAUUCCAAGACCUGCGGCUGCGGCUGCGGACUCAAAGCACUUCAUACAAAAGGAGAGAGGGAGUUAGUUGAGUUUCUCACUGAGGAGAUAGUAGCAGAGCGCAAGGCACAGAAGGUGAAGACCCUGCCCACCGAAGUGGAUGGGUUCACUGUGAAGGCAGACAGCGCUGAAGUCACCCUUAGCAAGCAACUGAAGGAUGAACUGGUAACAAUAACAUUCAAUGUCAACCAUACUGUCGACACUGAGGACUUUGGUGAGGAUGCACAGCCAGAGAAACAGGAGUUCUCCGAGAUGCGCUCCAAGCCACAGUUUGAGGUGGACCUGGUGAGAGGGGACACCACACUGGGCUUCACUUGCUCUUUCCUGCAGGAACCUCCAUCUACUAAUGCUGAUGAGUACAAUGACAUAUUUGGCAUCGAUGAGGUGACAUUAUACAAAGGAGAGUGGAGCGAGAAAGUAUACGCUGUCGCCGGCGACGUGCUCGAUGGAUACCUCUACGAUCUUCUGAUGAAUCUUCUAGAAGAGAAAGGUGUUAGCAAUGAGUUUGUGCAAAAGUUGUCAGAUUUUAGUACGGCAUAUGAACACACUGCAUACAUAAACCUCCUCGAAAGCAUCUCCAAGUUUACUAUUGGCAAGCAAUAGACAAUUUAUUUUUUAAAUUUUAGUACAAGACAAAGAUUAUCUGUGACACCCUAAAAAAUAGUUUGUUUUUGACUUCAACAUGUAUUCCUACAUUGUUGGUGCAGUGUAUUAUAAAAAUUCGUUUUAUUUUGUAAUCUAAUAAAGCAAUAAUUGUAUUUUGUAAUCUCACGGUUAAAUGGAAAUAGGAAAAAGUUAAUACUUUUCAUAAAUGCAUAAUGGAUAUCAAAUUUUAUUUUUUGUUUGUUAAAAAAAUAAUUUGAAAGUUGAUUUUAAGUUGUUCAAAAGUGUUAUAAUAACUGACAACUGCCAUAAAUAAUAUAAGUUAAUUACGUAGCCAUAAUCCUGUACAGUAUAGUGUUUACUUUUUAUUUUUAAUUGUUUUAUACAACUUUGUUUCUUUGGGUUUCACAGAUUGGCGAAUUUAUGUUAACAACAAAAUGUAAAGGGAAAACAGCAUUUAUUUUCCUCUAGGAUAGCUUUAAAGAAUGAUUAGUUUAUAACAACACUGUUGUUGUUUAGUGUUAAUUGUGUUUUAGUUCUGAAUAAAUGAUAUUCAAGUUU